AGCGUAGUAUUUUUGGAGCCAGCAAGUGAAGGACAGGCAUCAUGUUUAUCACUUUGUUUUUCACAAUAUUUUGUUUAUCAACUGGUAUUCUGUCAAGCAGUUUACCACCAGGGUUUACGUUACCAUGCGACAUUAGUGACGAAUCUUGCAUUAAUAAGUUCGCAAAUAUUCUAUUGCCUCAUUUAUUUACUGGAAUACAGGAUCUCGAGAUCCCUAGUGUUGAUCCUUUAUAUAUCGAUAAGGUCAUAGGAGACAUAUCCAUACUUAAAUAUACGUUUUACAACAGCACCAUCGUUGGAUUUAAAAAAUGCAAGGUGUCAAAUUUAAAAUUAGACAAGGAAUUCACUAAGUUAAGCUAUGACUUGAUUUGUCCACAUUUGAUUAUGACUGGUAUAUACGACAUCACGGGACGUCUGGUAUUGUUACCAGUGGAAGGGAACGGGGAUUUCAAAAUGACAUCAGGAAAAUAUUUCAUUCACGUUGAAUCUGAAUUGAAGACAACCAAAGGAAAAACUGACAAAAUUCACGCACAUAUUAAAAACUUCAAAUUGAAAUGUGAGCCGCAAGAACCUUUAUAUUUUGAUUUUAAAAACUUAUUCAAUGGACAAAAGGACUUAUCGGAUACCGUACACAAGUUUGCCAAUGAAAACUGGCAAGAAGUCGCUAAUCAAGUACAAGAUCCACUUUUCUACGCAAUCAUGAAAAGAAUUGUAACCAUUUCUAACAAGUACCUUAAGCACGUACCUCUCGAGGAUAUUCUUCGUAUGUAA